UUAACGAAACGUUUUAUAACCCCAGGAUUGAGAAGGUUAGCGUCACUGUCGAGGGAGAGCCUAAAGAGCUUUACUCUCAUGCCAUGUCAUCCAAGGACCAUCUCGAACAGAUUGUGAAUCUCUUUGGUAGUCACGACUAGAACGUCACGAUUGGGCAAUUUUUCAAUGAAAGAUAUGCCUUGUUUGUAGAAUUUUUUGGGUCUCCCGAUCAUAUCCUAAGUGGUAGUGGAAGGCCUCUACAACGUUUAAGGGAUGGGAUUACCCUACAUAUCACCAUAAAAGCAAACGGAACCGAAGAAUUCAUGGCCUACGUGUACCUAUUACAGGAUGGCAACUUAAAUAUCCUACACGGUAGGUUUCAUUCCGUGGAGUAUUAAAUGAACACAAUUUCUGUUUUCCUUAAUGGUAAAUACAAACAAUAUGGAGGUAAGCAAGAGCUGUCAAAAAUGUAAACAGGUGUUGACCUUGUAUGCAUUUAGGGUGUUGAAAAAUGGAAAACUGACAAAAAGUUGCAUAUGCUGCCUGGAUAAAAAGAAGGCGUCACGUGAACGCAAUAGGUGCCCCCAUCAAAAGCAGAGAUCCUCCUGUAAAGAAUGUGGCAGAAGUCAAAGUUGCCCCCAUCAAAGGAUGAGAUCCAGGUGUAAGUAAUGUGGGGGAAGCCCUAUAUGCCCCUAUCAAAGGGUGAGAUUCAACUGUAAAGAAUGUGGGGGAAGUCAAAUUUUCCCCUAUCAAAGGGUGAGAUCCAACUGUAAAGAGUGUGGGGGAAGUCAAAUUUGCCUCAAUCACAGGGUGAGUUCCCAGUGUAAGGAAUGUGGCGGAAGUCAGAUAUGCCCCCAUCAGAGGGAGAGGGCCUAUUGUAAGGAGUGCGGUAGUCAAAUUUGUCACCAUGGAAAACCGAGAUCCCAAUGUAAGGAGUGUGGCGGUAGUAAAAUAUCCCAUCAAAGACAGAGGGCCUUUUGUAAAGAAUGCAAAGGCAGUCAGAUUUGUCCCCAUCAAAGACAGAGAGGACAAUGUAAGGAGUGUGGUGAAAGUCAAAUAUGUCCCCAUGAAAGGAUAAGAACCAAGUGUAAAGACUGUGGGGGAAGUGGAAUAUGCUCUCAUCAAAGAUUGAGAUCCAUGUGUAAGGACUGUGGGGGAAGUCAAAUAUGUCCCCAUCAAAGAAGGAGGUAUCGAUGCAAAUACUGCAAGAAGAAUAAAGAAACAUGGCCACGAUCACUGUUAUUGUGGCAGGCGCGGCAAUCAACGCCCCGGCAUUCUCCGGAACGAAAUAUCUAUUUUCUAAGGUAUCGGGGCAUGGGGCGGCCGAACGUAGGCGUCACGACGAGGCUGUUGAAAAGCGCAAUACAUCUCAGGCGGAGUGGAUACGCAAACGGCAGGAGAAACUCGACUCGAAAGAGAGAAGCAACUUAA